GUUUCAGUUCUCACACAAACAUUUGCAUUUGGUACUAGGAAGAACCCAAACAGUUCUACAAGAGUGUUCCUGUUCUGGGUCAUUGAGUUUUUUCUGCAUUCCGUUUUAGCAAAACAAUGGCAGGAAUAGUUGUGGUUUUCGACUUUGACAAGACUAUCAUCGAUUGUGAUAGUGACAAUUGGGUUGUGGACGAGUUGGGUGCCACAGACUUGUUCAAUCAGCUUCUUCCUACCAUGCCAUGGAACUCUCUUAUGGAUAGGAUGAUGAAGGAGCUCCAUGCACAAGGAAAAACCAUUGAGGAUGUUGUAGAGAUUCUUAAAAGGACACCUAUACAUCCCAGAAUUGUCCCUGCCAUUAAAGCAGCUCAUGCUUUAGGGUGUGAAUUGAGGGUUGUAAGCGAUGCAAACCUGUUUUUCAUUGAGACCAUUUUGAAUCAUCUUGGUUUGAGAGACUACUUUUCAGAGAUCAACACAAACCCAGGCUUUGUGGAUGAAGAAGGAAAGCUAAGGAUCUUCCCCUACCAUGAUUUCCACACAUCUCCCCAUGGUUGCAGUAACUGCCCUCCAAACAUGUGCAAGGGGCUAGUAAUUGAAAGAAUCCAAGCUGAGCCUGUGGAGGGUAAGAGAAAGUUCAUCUAUCUUGGGGAUGGUAAAGGAGAUUACUGCCCGAGCUUGAAACUUGGAGAUGGAGACUAUGUGAUGCCAAGGAAGAAUUACCCAUUGUGGGAUCUAAUUUGUGAAAGCAGGUUGUUUGUUAAGGCAGAAAUCCAUGAGUGGAUAGAUGGGAAAGACCUUGAGGAAAUUCUGCUAGGCCUUAUCAACAAAAUCUCCAUUGAAGAAAAUGCUCAAUUUAUUUCCCCUGAUUGCAAAUUGCAGACCAUUGCUGUUUCUGCUCAUGAGGCCAUGCCUCAAGCUCUCCGAGUUCAGCAAUAGUAGCUAUAGCUAGAAGUAGUUUGAAUGUUGGCAAAUGCCAAAUCUUAAAAGUAUCUGACAAAAACUUUGACAGGAAUGUUUUGUCUGUCUUGCAUUAAAAAAAAAAAAAAAAAAAGCUUGUAACUUUGUGAUGUUCUCUUUUAUGUAGAUUGGACAAGUACUGUUAAAUAUACAUAAAUUCCAAUUUGCAUCAA